AUGUGGCCGUUGAGGCAUAAGAUAUGGGUAACAAAUGGGCGGAUGCGAUACGUAUUGGUGGGAUUAUGGGUGCUGCCACAUGCUUACGUUUUUGCUUGGUUUUGGGCACUGCCCGAUGGUGGUUUCCGGGACCCGACCUGCUCAAUGAAGUUCUACUUUUCAUUCCCGUUCCGCGCUACGACAUUUCCACUAUUUUUCCUGCCGAUUUUGGCUACUGUGGCAAUGUACUUCAAAAUCGUUCGUUGCCUAAGCGAGGCCCAGCUGAAGAUGGUGAAGUCAAGUCCUAGCUGCGCUGAUCCUCUAACGAGGAGAAGUAGCGCAGAGGGUAAUGUCAAGCGGAAAAUGAGACUACUGGUGACAAGUCUGAUCAUCGUCUCGUCAUACUGCUUCUCCUGGGGGCCGCAUAUGAUAUUUUUCGUAAUGGUCUGCUACCAAGACUGUCCAAUCGUUGCCUACCGGGAUAUCCGGUUACGAACUGCGGUUGCCAUCUCACUUAUCGUCAACACUCUGGUCAUCAUAAAAAUGGCGGCAAAUUUGUUCAUCUACACGCUCCGGAUGGAGAAGUUCCGGAUAUGCAUUGCGAGUGAUUGGCUUACCCCAACGCGACCGCAAUACAUCCGACCUUGCUGGAUGAACUUGUGGGGACAAUUUAGAAAACCUGAUAAUAAUGGCUUCUCCCUCCGUGAUUGGCAGCCAGGAAUGUGCACUCACUUGAUCAUAGAGGCUGAAUGGCUACAGGAUGAGGUAGCGGGAAGGCCGACUAGCCAUGCAAACGCUGCUUCUGUAAGUAGCGAAUAUUGCUCCAAAAUCAAGGAUAUGGCUGCGAAAAUGGGCGGGUCAAAAAUCCAGGGUUGGGCGACAGAAAACUGCGAAUUAUUGAGAGUAGUAGCCGGGGUAGACGAUUGCACGGAGUUUAUCGAUAUGGUCAACUUGUGCACCUCCAAUUCGACUGUAUUCCACGAGGAAGACUCUUGGAUUGGUGCCAACUUUGUGCAAAAGGUGAUAUCCCUGAAGAAAAUUGAUCCGGAUCUAAUGGUGCUUCUCUCAAUUUCUGGACGGACUUUUGGAACAGCGAUUUUUGAGGAGCUCAAAAUCAACACUCGCCGUAUUGAAUUCACCUACGCUUGCCUCAGCUUCCUAAAAACGGCUAACCUUGACGGAGUCGCUUUGGAUUGGUCUGAUUCGGCUGGGGAUAUGAAGAAUUACGCUAGUUAUCUUCAGGAAUUCCAAACAGUCCUCACCGAAGCAAAUUCCAUGAAAAUUGGAUCACCGUAUCAAGUGGUAGCAAUUCUGCCUGGUGACAAGCAAUCGCUUUUUGACAAUUACGAUUUGAGACAAAUCUCGAGUGUCGGUUUUGUGGUCCUGAUGCCAUUCAACAUCACUGGCAUGUGGACGGAUCCGUUAAAGAUUUGGCAUCAGGUAAAAAAGUAUCAUAUAAAGACGCAAUAC